UGGCUGCCUGUGUGGUCUCGCGCUCGUUCACGGCCACAUAAACACCUGAUCUCUGCAGGGGGACAAAUCCGGUGAGAAUUUCCGCAGGAAACCGAUCCCCUCUCAUCGCAGACCCCCCUGCUGUGUUAGAGAGCGAGGUUUCCUCCGAGCAGGAUGGCGGAUGGAGACACGGUGGAGGAUCUAAGUGUGGGGGACAGCGGCACGCUGCAGCUGAGGGACUACCGGAGACUGGCUCGGCUGUACUGCAUGAAUGGCGGACAUCACCUCCAGAUCCUCCCCGACGGGACGGUGCAGGGCCAGAGGGAAGAGAGUGACGCUCACACUGUUUUAAAGCUCAAAGCUGUGGACAGAGGCGUCGUGGUCAUCCAAGGAACUGAAGCCAGCAGAUAUUUAGCCAUGAGCGAUGAAGGCCGUUUGUACAGUUCACCCACAGUUACAGAUGAAUGUUACUUCCUGGAGAGGCUGGAGGAGAACCACUACAACACAUACCAACCACAGAAAUAUCACGACAACAACUGGUACGUAGCUCUGAAAAAGAACGGAAAGCCUAAACUCGGCCCGAGAACCCACAUCGGACAGAAAGCCGUCUUCUUUCUCCCCAGGCAGCUGGAUGACUGAAGGAGCAAAACACACAGCGAUACCUCAACCGCAAAGGACCAGAAACACAUAACCUCUAAAUCAUCAAUAGGACUACUUACAGGAGAUGGUGGCGUUAAAUCAAGAGAUAAUAAAUCUAGAUAAAAGGGAAGUGCAAAAGCAGUCUGUUUAGUGCAUGGAGAGAUCAAAUGUCUCUUUAUUUUAAUAAUACAUCAAAUCUAUAGACACUACAAAUCUUUGAUUUUAUUUGGUAGCAGGUCCUCUUAGCUCACAGAAUAGACAUUUAGAGCAAACAUGAACACAUUAACCUGCAAAUUAACGUGAAUUUGUGCUUCUCGGACUAAGGUUUUCUGAGAAGAGUAAAUAAAUACAUUGCCUCUAAUUAUACCAUUAGCUGGCUCAUUGCAGGUUAGUCCCGCUGUACUUUAGCUUUUCUGUAAUCUGUGUUUUGUUCUAGAAACCUUGAGUGGAUAGAAAGUGCUACAGAGCUUAAAGCCUAACAAAUUAACCAGUAAAGCUUUCCCAGAAGUGUUGCUGCUCUGUUAUACUUCCAACAGUUACACAUUGCUGCCACUAGAAGCCGCCACUGUGCACGAUGACAUCCUCUCCAAAGAAUUUUUAUUUGCAACACUUAAAUUUACCAGCCCCUUAUACACCACCGACCUAGGAGUUAGCCCUUUUAAUCACACUUAUUAACAACUGUUUGUGUGCUCACGGUUUUUCACGGUUUGUCCAAUAAGGCUUCAUAACCUAAAACAAUCAUCAGUAUGCUCAUCUCUACACUUUAAAUAUCCUGCACUGUUUAUUUUACUACGCACACUUAAUGAGCCUUCAUUUCUGUUCUACUGAGCUCUUGGAGCUAUUUUAUGUUACACUUUUGUAAAUAUUUGUUGUAUUUUAUUGAACUACUUUAAUGUUACCAUAUUUAUAGUUCUUCAGUUGUACCCCAUUGUAAACCACUUCAUUUUGUUAGCUGUUUUCCUGUUGCACAUUAAUGAAGCAUGCAGUGGAUAUAAAAAGCGUACACGCGCCUGUUAAAGUGCCUGCGGUUAUGACGUUACAAUAACGAGACCAAGAUAAUAAAAACUUUUUCCACCUUUAACGUGACCUUAAAACACAUCUUUUAGUGGAUCAAAUUAAAAA